UCCAAAUUCCAAAGUGACUUCAGACCACAAGUUUUAUGCAAAAUAAGUCAUAACCUUAUCAAACAAGGUAUACCAAGUUGAUGGCCAAAGCAGGGUAAAGAGUAGGUGCAUCAAAAGAAAAAAUCGCUUUAUCUUUCUAAAGAUCUUGCUGUCUUUCACAACCUUUUGCAUUGAGUAAUCUAAUCAAAUCUCUCUCUCCUUCACUAUGGUGGAUUGCCACAUUCUCCUUCUAACUUUUCCGGCGCAAGGCCACAUCAAUCCGUCAAUCCAAUUCGCCAAGAACCUAACGCGAAUGGGUGUUAAGGUCACCAUUAUCACAAGUCUCUCUGCUCACCGUCACAUGACCAAAUCCAACAACUCAAUACCAAAAGGUUUAUCCUUAUCUGCCUUCUCCGAUGGCUAUGAUGAUGGGUUCAAAGAUGGGGACAACCACGAACAUUUCCGGUCUGAGCUCAGAAUUCGCGGUUCCAAAGCCAUGGUAGAACUCAUCAAGGCCAGUGAUGAAGAAGGCUCCCCAAUAACGUGUUUGGUCUACACUAUGGUUCAACCAUGGGCUGCUGAAGUUGCUAAUGCCCAUCACAUCCCAUCUGCACUUCUAUGGAUUCAACCAGCCACAGUUUUCAACAUCCACUACCAUUACCUCAACGGCUAUGGUGAUGCCAUUAUAAAAAUUGGCAACGACCCUUCAAGCUCUAUUCAGUUACCAGGUUUGCCAUUGCUUGCUAGCCAUGACCUUCCUUCCUUUCUAGUCCCUCCACACAAAGACAAAUACAUUUGGGGACUCCCAUUGUAUAAAGAGCUGCUAGACAUGCUUAGUUCAGAAACCAACCCAAAAAUACUCGUGAACACAUUCGAUGCAAUAGAACCAGAGGCCUUGAGAGCAAUUGAGAAGCUCAAUUUGAUCCCAAUAGGACCAUUGAUAGUCCCCUCUAAUGCUUCCUUUAGAGGAGACCUCUUUCAACAAUCAAAUGGUUAUGUUGAGUGGUUAAAUUCAAAGCCCGAAUCAUCAGUUGUUUAUGUAUCAUUUGGAAGCAUGGCCACGUUGUCAAAGGAACAAAUGCAGGAGAUUGCAUGCGGUUUGUUGGAAAGUCAUAGGCCAUUUAUGUGGGUGAUAAGAGAAAAAGAAAAUGGUGAGAGAGAAGAAGAUAAAUUGAGUUGCUUAGAAGAAUUGGAACAAGAAGGACUUAUAGUGCCAUGGUGUUCUCAAGCGGAGGUUCUAUCACACCCAUCAUCGGGAUGUUUUUUGACUCAUUGUGGGUGGAAUUCUUCGUUGGAGAGUUUGGUUUUCGGAGUUCCAAUGGUGGGGUUUCCACAGUUUUCUGAUCAAAUGACGAAUUCAAAGCUUAUUGAAGAUGUUUGGAAGAUGGGGGUGAGAGUGGUGGCAAAUGAAGAAGGAAUAGUGGACAGGAAAGAGGUUAGGAGGUGUAUAGAAGUGGUGGUGGGAGGAGGAGAGAGGGGAAGAGAAAUGAGAGGAAAUGCAAAGAAAUGGAGGGAAUUGGCACGGGACGCUAUGAAGAAUGGUGGAUCCUUGGAUAUGAAUCUGAAGGCUUUUGUGGACGGACUUGGAGGUCAUUGUUAGUUGGUAGAAGUGAACAUUAUUCGUGAAAAUGAAAAUGGCAGGGUGUAUCUGAAAGAAAUGAUCAUGCUUUUGAUUGUUUCACUCUUUUUAUUUAUUUAUUUGGAUUUACUUUUUCUUUGUUGGUGGCAUCUAGCAUUUGGCAUGUGCCGCAUGUCAAAUAAAGAUGAGCAAUGAAAUUAUUAGUUUAUAACUUUAUAAUGGUCAUACAACAUCUUUCCUACUA